AUGGUUGACGUCGAAGCCAAUGUGGUAGAAAAAGAGGCCGAGCACACGGCCGAGGAAGAAGCUAAAAAGCCAUUGGAAAAUCUCGAAGGUUCAGCGACCGAAGACGAAGAGCUCUAUGGGGAUGAUGACGAGUACUUAGAGGAGCUGUCGGAGGAAGCUAUGGAACACUUAGAGAAAGAACGCAAUGAAGAAAUGGCCAAGUUUGAGAAUGAACUAAAAGUGGGCAAGGUCAAAGUGAAGUUUGGAGACUUUGACGAGGUAAAUGCCAUGGUUGGUACACUCCCAUUAUUUUUCGAAGCUCGGCCGGAUCAACCUAAUUAUAUGGACGAAGAUGUGUUCGGUGAGGUUGAGUCCAUGGUCCAAAUGGAAGGUGUCAAAGAAAUUGAGGUGGCCCAAGAUGUUCCAAAGGAAGGGAAUGCCCAACCUUGCAUCAUGGUGCCCAAAAAGGAGGAAAAAUUGCCCGAGAAGGUGUGCUAUGAGAUGCCUACCAAGAAAAUGUCCUCCUACCUUAAACCCUUGUAUGUGGGAGCUCAUUUCGAUAGAGUUCCGGUGAGCAAAUUCCUUAUGGAUAUGGGGGCUACGGUCAACAUCCUACCAGCCUCAAUCAUGAGGAAAUUAAAGAAAGGCUCAGAUGAAUUAAUUCCGACCGAGACAACGGUCAGUGGGUUCGUAGGAGACAUCACGACUUCAAAGGGGAUUAUCCCACUCCAAGUUAAAGUGGGGUAA